AUGGAGCCGCGCGCGCUGGGGCUGCUCGGGCUGCUCGGGCUGCUGGCGCUGGCGGCGCUGGAGGCGCUGGCGGCGCGGGCCACGCGCGACGCCGCCGCGGAGAGCCUGGGGCUGUGGCCCAUGCCGCUGUCGGCGCAGAUGUCCCCGAGACAGCUCUACCUCUCCCCCGAGAACUUCGACAUCGUCCACGACCCCUAUUCCAAGGCCGGCCCCGGCUGCGCCCUCCUGCAGGAAGCGUUUCGGCGGUAUUAUGAGUAUAUUUUUGGUUACUACAAGAGGCGUCAUGGUCCUGCUAGAUUUUAUAAUGAAACGCAGUUACAGCAACUUAUGGUCUCAGUUGUCCAUGACUCAGAGUGUGACAAUUUCCCCAAUAUCUCUUCAGAUGAGUCCUAUACUUUAAAUGUGAAAAGACCAGUGGCUGUCCUCAAGGCCAACAGAGUUUGGGGAGUAUUACGAGGUUUAGAGACCUUUAGCCAGUUAAUUUAUCAAGAUACUUAUGGGACUUUCAUGAUCAAUGAGUCCAGCAUUACUGAUUCUCCAAGGUUUCCUCAUAGAGGAAUUUUAAUCGAUACAGCCAGACACUAUCUGCCAGUUCAAAGUAUUCUAAAAGCUCUGGAUGCCAUGGCUUUUAAUAAGUUUAAUGUCCUCCACUGGCACAUAGUUGAUGACCAGUCUUUCCCUUUCCAGAGCACCACUUUUCCAGAGUUAAGCAAUAAGGGAAGCUAUUCUUUGUCUCAUGUGUACACACCACGUGAUGUCCGUAAGGUGAUUGAAUAUGCCCGACUACAAGGGAUUCGAGUCAUACCAGAAUUUGAUACACCUGGCCAUACACAGUCCUGGGGGAAAGGUCAAAAAGGCCUCCUUACUCCAUGCUAUAAUGUAAAGACACCAUCUGGGACGUUUGGACCUGUAAACCCUAUUGUGAAUUCAACUUAUACCUUCAUGUCUACAUUUUUUCAAGAAAUUAGUAAGGUGUUUCCAGAUCAGUUCAUUCAUUUGGGAGGAGAUGAAGUGGAUUUUACAUGUUGGGCAUCUAAUCCAGAAAUCCUAAAGUUCAUGGAACGCAGUGGCUUUCAAAAAGAUUUUAGAAAACUAGAAUCUUUCUAUGUUGAAAAGAUCGUGGAAAUGAUUUCAACCCUAAAGAAGAGCUCCAUAGUCUGGCAAGAGGUUUUUGAUAAUAACGUGAAGCUUCCUGCAGGCACCACAGUUCAAGUAUGGAUUUCCAACCAAUAUGCCACAGAACAGUCACACAUCACGGCAGCUGGCUUCCCUGUGAUUCUUUCUGCUCCCUGGUACUUAGACUUGAUUAGUUAUGGAGAAGAUUGGAGAAAAUACUAUAAAGUGAAACCUCUUGAUUUUCCUGGUUCUCAGGAACAGAAAAGACUCGUCAUUGGUGGAGAAGCUUGUCUGUGGGGAGAAUAUGUGGAUGUAACAAACUUCAUGCCAAGAUUAUGGCCUCGAGCAAGUGCAGUUGGUGAGCGACUCUGGAGUAACGAAGAGGUCACAGAUCUAGAUAGUGCCUACAGGAGACUAACCAUUCACCGCUGCAGAAUGGUCAGACGUGGAAUCGCAGCACAACCCCUUUUUACUGGACAUUGUAAUCCUGAGUACACUAAGUAAAAAUGAGCACAAACGAAGUAAAAUAGGAGGGAGAAAUAACUCCACAGCCAUCUGUACUAUAGUCAACUUGAUUCUGAAAUCAUGUAAGCUGUUUAUGAAUAAAUAUUUUUAUUGAUUGAACAUUUUUUCUUAUACAUUUCAUACAGAAGAUUGGUAUCUUGAAAGAAGCUUAAAAAACUCAAAAACCAUGUGGUAUCACUUAAGGCUCAGCCCUUUGGAAUACAUUAACUACUGAAAGUAAUAACUUUAUGGAUCAGGAAAUAUGCUUUGAUGUUGAUGUACCUAUGACGUAAAGUAGGAUGGGCAGCUCCAGUGUCAUUGUUAGUUUUCAAGUUACAUCUAGUUCUUUGAACACAGUGAAACAGUAAUUUGCCCCAUGAAGAAAGCAAUAAAAAUUCUUACUGAAAAUGAAGUAGGCGCUCCUGAAU